UGGGUGUAAUGCAACAGAAUUUUGGAGACCAACUGAAUUAUAGACCUCAAAUGGCAUGGCAAAGGAACCUUGUAAACUCACAGGUCACACAAAACAAUGGCCCUGAGUCUAACUGCUGCUUGUCUAUACCCAAACCCUUCUUUCUCUUCUCCUUCUUGUUCUUCUAGUCCUUCUUCAUUUCUAAACCCAAAGCGCAAACCCCCUCUCAAGCCUUACCCUUAUCCAUCUUCUUUCAGAACACCUGCUGCUCAGUCUGAGGGAGCUGAGAGUUGGAUUAAAGAGGAAGACCGUUCUGCUUCUUCAUCUGCAAGUUUCAUAUUUUCUCGAUUUGGUAGCAUCAUGGAACUGCAUACUCUGCCUGUACUAUACAACGGAUCUUCAUCGUCUGCUCAAACACGUCUGGAUCUUUUGGAGCAACUUACCUCAACUAGCUCAUCAGUUGACGGAGGUUAUGAGAGUGAUGCUAGCUCCCAAAAACUUACGAUCCGUGAGCAACUAGCACAGUUGUUUGCGGAUAGAGAUAGUGAUUUCACAAUUCCACUGGGUAAAAAGUUCAAAAAGGUGAGUCCCAAGGUUUUAACCAUCUCACAGAAGCGGAACAUCAGAAGACAGGCUUACUUAAAUGAAGUAUCUCAGAGGAAUGAUUCAACUUUCUUUGCCACCAUUGGAGCAUUUGUACUUGUUCCACCUCUUGUAAUAUUAGGAAUUGCUAUAGCAACAGGCUAUGUACAGCUGAGUUUCCUUAAUUAAUUUGGAGAUGCUGUAUGUGCUUCAUAAGUUCAUAUA